AGUAGAGCGCUGCUCGCUCAGGUGCUACAUAGACGGCUGUGUAAAAGACUUCGUGAGCAGGCCGGGGGCGGAGGGUGAGAGAAUAUGAUCUGUGGACUCUGGGAGUAAACACAUCUUUGCUCUGUCACUACGGUUAUGGUACAAUAGAAAUGAAGGUACACGUGCAUACAAAAUUCUGUUUCAUUUGUUUACUUACUUUCAUUAAUCACUGCAACCAUUGCCACGGUUAUGUGCACGAUCACAAAAUUGCAUCAGAUGAAAACCACAUUCACAGCGACUAUCAGAUCUCGCAAGAGCCCUAUCUUCAGACUGAGGCUGCAAAACUCUUAUCAAGCCAGCCGUUGUCACCAGAGGCUGAACAUGAACAGAAAUACUAUAUUGAAAAGCUAUUCCAUCGCUAUGGGGAGAAUGGAAGGCUUUCAUAUUCUGGACUAGAAAAACUUUUAAACAGCUUGGGCCUUGGUGAGGUAAAAGUAGUUGAGAUUGGUCAUGAAGAUGUUGGUCAUGACCCACUUUCACAUUUGGAUGUUUUAGACGUUCAAGAAGGAAAGCAUGUUCACAUACACGAUCAUCAUUCCCACACAAAUGCAGAAAAUGAAACCAAAAAUGCUGUAUCCUCCAAAGUGCACCAUGAUUGUAAAGAGAAAAAGACAUCAUUGCCAGCCGAUCAUAAAUUAUCCCGUAGUCCUCACUUGCAUAAUCACACUCAUAAAGGUACAAACCAUUCUCGUAACCAUAGCCACCUUGGUCAUAAUGAUGCAGUGAAUCAACUGGACCAUGGAGGGCAAAUUACUGAGCCAGUAAAUGGUACGGAUAUAACACGAGAACAACCUGAGAAAAAACCUCAAAGGCAUAAGAAGAAAAAAAGGACUAAAUCCAGUGAACCUACUACAGACUCUGCUUUUGUUUCCGAACAAGAUGAGUACAACCAUGUUUCCAAACUGGACCAUAGCUCAGAUGUAGGUCACCUUCAUGAUGGUGAGAAUACUCAGAAUUUUGAAUCGGAACAUGGACCAAUGCUGGACGAAAGGCAAAGUAACACUCGUAAAAGAGAAGCCCCAGAUGACCAUAUUGGUAUGAAGAAGCAUGUAUUUUCACUGAACUAUAAGCAACACAAUGAAGACAUGCAUGAUGAGUGUUUGAAUGCCACCCAGCUCCUUAAUUAUUAUGGGCUGAAUACACACUCUCCAAUUUCACCAGAUCAGUUUGCUUACCUUUGCCCAGCUCUGUUAUAUCAGAUUGAUAAUAGAUUUUGCAUUAAACAUUUUGCUGAUCUGCAUGUAGAGACGGUAGAAAAGAAUAACGAUGCUGCAUCUGUGUGGCUUUAUGGCUUCUUCUCCAUCACUGUGAUCAGCCUGUUAUCCUUGCUCGGUGUUAUUCUGAUUCCAAUUAUAAACCAAGGCUGCUUUAAGUUCCUUUUGAAUUUCCUUGUUGCGUUAGCAGUCGGAACAUUAAGUGGAGAUGCACUACUUCAUCUGUUACCCCAUUCACUAGGUGGGCAUGAUCAUGGUUCUGAAGAGUCUGGACACAGUAAAGAUAUAGACCAUGUGGAAGACCAGGAGUUUCUGGUGGAAUAUGACGCUGUUAUGAAAGGCCUAGUUGCACUUGGUGGCAUUUAUCUUUUGUUUAUAGUUGAGCAUGGUCUCCGAAUGUUUAAACACUAUAAUGAGCAACGGGGAAUUAAAGGUAGGUUAAGACGGAAACCUAAAGUUGAUGAGUCUACAGUUGGGAGAAAGUUGUCCGAUCACAAAUUAAAUCGGAGGUCAGAUGCCGAAUGGCUACAACUCAAGCCCUUAGCAGGAACUGAGGAUCGAGCUGCUACUGAAGCCCAGAGAUUAAAUGAAACCGAGAUGACAUAUGUUGAUGGUCUUCAGUCACCUGUAAAGGUUUUUGUUGCAGUUGAUGAAGUAACGGCACACAAUAAUAAAGAUGGAACCUAUGAUGAUGAUCACAGUGUGGAUGAUGGACAAUAUGAAAGUAAUCACACAGAGGAAGUAGUAUCAAAGAAACACAAUCAUAGCAAACACUCCCAUCAUUCCCAUGGUCAUUGUCAUUCUGGAAAAGAUAUGAAAGACACUGGCAUUUCCAGUAUAGCUUGGAUGGUUAUAAUGGGCGAUGGCAUGCACAAUUUCAGUGAUGGCUUGGCAAUAGGUGCAGCUUUCAGUGCAGGGCUUACCGGGGGAAUUAGCACAUCCGUAGCUGUGUUCUGCCAUGAGCUGCCACAUGAAUUGGGAGAUUUUGCGGUGUUACUGAAGGCUGGUAUGACUGUAAAGCAAGCAAUUGUAUACAAUGUUCUCUCUGCAAUGAUGGCUUAUAUAGGCAUGCUUAUAGGCACAGCAGUUGGACAGUAUGCCAAUAAUAUCACGUUGUGGAUUUUUGCUGUUACAGCUGGCAUGUUUCUCUAUGUGGCACUCGUUGACAUGCUUCCAGAAAUGCUACAUGGGGAUGGUGAAAAUGAAGAACAUGGACAUUGCCCAGUGGGACAGUUUAUCCUGCAGAACCUGGGACUUCUCCUUGGUUUUGCCAUAAUGCUGGUUAUUGCUUUAUAUGAAGACAAAAUAGUGCUAGACAUCAACUUUUGACUUUCUCGGUACUCUCCUUGGUCCAUUUGUAAUAUGUGUCUGUCUGCUAGCUUUGUAUGUUGAAAAAGUUUACAGCAUAUGCUUGCAACAUUUUGUAGGCAAAUUAAAUCAAAAGCGGAGUACAAACGACUUUACCCACCAGUACAAUUCCACAGAGAUCACUGUGAUAUGUGUUAACUGGCGUUUUUGUGAAACGGUGCACCUCACUGUACGUGCCAAUUGUUAAUAAAUUGUCAUAACCACAAAGCAAAUUCAAAUUCUACAUGAACUGGAUAUAUCGCAUCAUUUUAGUAUUCAGGUAGACCAUGUAGUUUUUGAUUUUCACACAAGUGACUAUGUAAACAAGUUGAAGUUGCCAUGAUAUCUAUGUAUGGGAUUAAUGUGAUGUCAUGCAUUUUUGUUUAGCUUGUCUGAGACUAGGUGGGACUAACACUUUUUAAGAGUAUUAACUGGAAUUUGCUGGAAAAAAUGUACUUGAGCAUACAUAUGUGACUUUUUUUUUGUUUACUUUAGUUUUUUUGUCAAUGAAUACUGCGAAGAUAAACUACUUUUU